AAAAACUAAUUAGUAUAUGGUUGAUCUGUGCGGUGCAACAAUGAUAUCCCAGGUAUUCUUAAUAUCAACCCUCAUCUGUACUCUACAAGCUGGUCUUAUAAACAAUCCCGGAUUUCAUCAUGACCACAGCAGCUAUGGAUCUGGACACCAUAGUAUUGAGAAUCACGCCGGUCAGGGUUCUGUAUCACAAACGUCUUACGUGACUCAUCACACGCCGUCCUACAGAAGUUACGGAGGUCAGAAUCAUGGUCAUUACCAAGCUCAUCAUCAAGCCCACGACAAUCACUUCUCUGGAGGUGCACCCGGAGGUCACUCAUAUGCUAAUUCUUAUAUUUAUAAUUCCAAUUCUGCAAGUAGCCAUAACUCGAUUAACAGGCACCAUGGUCCUUCAGGACAAUAUCAUGGCCCUAUUUACCAUGGACCAGGAAGCUUUAAUCAUCACAGUGGUAGUUUACAUCAUCAUGGAGACUUCCAUAGAGAUGAUUAUGAUGAAAGUCAAAACUAUAAUGAUCCACCCAAAUACGAGUUCAAGUACGGAAUAGAAGACCCCAACACCGGAGAUGCAAAGAACCAGUAUGAAGUUAGAGACGGAGACGUGGUCAAAGGGCAAUAUUCACUUGUCGAUGCCGACGGCAGCCUUCGUACUGUGGAAUACACUUCCGAUCCACACCAUGGCUUUCGUGCAGUUGUCCACAAAAGCGGACAAGAGUCAGUCGCUUAUGGACAUUAAACAAAAACAUGUACAAUACGUUUAGUUUUUGAUUAGAUAUAGGCCACUGAAGGAAGCGCAAAAAACGGCAACAUUGCUUGUUUCACUAUCGUUGUGAGGAAUUAUGAAUGACGGCGGAGGACGGAGCGAUAGAGUUAUAAAUUGACGAGAAUCAGAUGCAUUAGCGUGGAAAGAGGGAACCGUCUCCUGAUAGACGGGGCGCAAUGUUGCCAUGCAUAGAGAGUAUAUCUAAUUUAAAACUAAAUAUGCAGUAUAUUAUUCUAACCCAAUAAGGUGUUCGUCUCCUACAUAUUAUGCUCUAUUUAAU